AUGACCGAAGUUGAUCAACAUCCACAACAGCCCGAGCAGCUUCAAGAAAUGGAAACAAACUUGGAAGAUGUUGCUAAGGCCUAUUUGGAAGUGCGACAACGCAAAGAGGGACCGCUGGCGCCACCAUUAGAUGCCAAAAUUGCCGCUAUGUUACCAAAAGAUAUGACAUUAAACAAUGAUGAAAAGGAUAAGGGUAAAGUGAAAGAAAAAGAUAAAGAGGGAGACAAAAAGGAUCGUCGCAGCCGUGACAAAAGUAAAAGUAGAGACCGCGAAAGGCGACGUCGAACUAAGAGUCGAAGCAAGGAUCGUGAUCGACGGAAAUCACGAUCACGAGAACGACGACAUCAUCAUCGUGAUCGAAGUCGAAGUCGCAGUCGCAAAGAACGUACACCGGAAAAACCGAAGAAGAAGUAUAAGUUCUGGGAUGUACCACCGGUUGGCUAUGAACAUUUGACGCCAAAGGAAUACAAAGAGUUACAAGCUGCCGGCCAAAUACCGCGAAAUAAUGUCCAGUCUGCAGUACCCGUUGUUGGACCUUCAGUAACCUGUCAGUCGCGACGUCUUUAUGUUGGUAAUAUACCGUUUGGAUGCAGUGAAGAUGCAAUGUUAGAUUUCUUCAAUCAACAGAUGCAUCUCUGUGGUCUAGCUCAAGCACCAGGCAAUCCGGUCUUAGCAUGCCAGAUGAACCUCGAUAAGAAUUUCGCUUUCAUUGAAUUUCGAUCAAUCGAUGAAACAACAGCUGGUAUGGCAUUCGAUGGGAUUAAUUUUAUGGGACAACAACUCAAAAUACGAAGACCACGAGAUUAUCAACCAAUGAGUACCAGUUAUGAUUUGGGAAAUAUGAUGGUGUCGAAUAUCGUACCGGAUAGUCCACACAAAAUAUUCAUUGGAGGUCUACCAAGUUAUCUUAAUGCUGAGCAGGGUCGAGGUCGAGAAAGCAUGCAUAUAACGGGUUGGCAUAUGUUGAAACCUCCUAUAAACGCAAAACCUCUUUUUAAACAGUCUCUUAGGAAAGUGAAAGAACUUUUAUCUUCCUUUGGGCAGUUGAAGGCGUUUAAUUUAGUGACUGAACAGUCUACCGGUGUUUCGAAGGGCUACGCAUUUGCGGAGUAUUUGGAUCCUUCUUUAACAGAUCAGGCUAUCGCUGGUUUAAACGGUAUGCAGCUUGGAGACAAAAAUCUUGUUGUGCAGCUUUCAUGUGCCAACGCCAGAAGUAACGUGGCACAGAACACAUUCCCGCAAAUCCAAGUGGCGGGCAUAGACUUGUCGCAUGGCGCGGGACCACCAACUGAAGUGCUCUGUUUAAUGAAUAUGGUUACCGAAGAUGAAUUGAAGGAUGAUGAAGAAUAUGAAGAUAUUCUUGAGGAUAUUCGGGAGGAGUGUGCUAAAUAUGGUAUCGUGAAGUCGCUAGAAAUACCGCGUUCGGUUCCAGGAGUAGACGUCACUGGUGUCGGGAAAGUUUUUGUGGAAUUUAAUAGCAAGCAAGAAUGUCAAAAGGCGCAGGCGGCACUUACAGGACGCAAAUUUGCAAAUCGAACGGUGGUAACAAGUUAUUAUGACCCAGAUAUGUAUCACCGAAGACAAUUUUAA